AAAAGGAAGCUCAGAAGGGUCGAAAGAAAUAUAAAAGCAAAGGCUAUUUUCUUGCUUUCUUUUUGUUUUUACUUUCUUUCUGUUUCUUUUUCCUUAAGAGCGAGCGGCCCUUGCGGUGGCGGUUUGGGGUGGGCGCCGCUGAGGUGAGGGGGUCUCGCCUCCCGCACGCUGGUAGGUGAGUGCGGCCUGGGCCCUGGCCAGGCAGCGAGACCUGGGCUCCGGCUUCCUCGCUCCGGAGACUGAUCCAUUAUGGAUGGAGGGAAUGAUGGUAACCUUGUUAUCAAAAAGAGGUUUGUGUCUGAGGCAGAAUUAGAUGAACGGCGCAAAAGGAGGCAAGAAGAAUGGGAGAAAGUUCGAAAACCUGAAGAUCCAGAAGAAUGCCCAGAGGAGGUUUAUGACCCUCGGUCUCUAUAUGAAAGGCUACAGGAACAGAAAGAUAGGAAGCAGCAGGAGUAUGAAGAACAGUUCAAAUUCAAAAACAUGGUAAGAGGCUUAGACGAAGAUGAGACCAACUUCCUUGAUGAGGUUUCUCGGCAGCAGGAACUAAUAGAAAAGCAGCGAAGAGAAGAAGAACUGAAAGAACUGAAGGAAUACAGAAGUAAUCUCAGCAAGGUUGGAAUUUCUCAAGAAAACAAGAAGGAAGUGGAGAAGAAAGUGGCUGUGAAACCCACAGAAACCAAGACCAAGUUCUCCCAGGCAAAGCUGUUGGCAGGAGCUGUGAAGCAUAAGAGCUCAGAGAGUGGCAACAGUGUGAAAAGACUGAAGUCGGACCCUGACCCAGAUGACAAGAAUCAAGAAGCCCCUUCCUGCGUGUCUCUUGGAAGCACAUCUCUGAGUGGUCCCUCCAUCCACUGCCCCUCCGCUGCCGUCUGUAUCAGCAUCCUCCCAGGUUUGGGCGCCUACUCUGGGAGCAGCGACUCUGAGUCCAGCUCAGACAGCGAAGGCACCAUCAACGCCACCGGCAAGAUCGUCUCCUCCAUCUUCCGAACCAACACCUUCCUCGAGGCCCCCUAGUUCCUCUGUUCUUACCGCAGGGAGCUCCUCCCCAAGAGUAGACUGGACAGUUUAUUCUGCCUACAGGCAUUACCUCCCACAGAAAAGUCCUUUGCCUGCUCCCUGUGCACACCAUGACAUUUUUAACCUCAUCUAAAAAUGUGCCAGAAUCCACUUGUGGCCCGACUUGGGUUUGUUUUCUCUUUCUACUCCAGUACAGAUGCCCAAACCUGUCCCACGGCCUCUGUCCUCACUGAUGUAGUAGGGCAGAGGUCAGGGUCCAGCAGAAAUUCCACCAAGAAUGCCCUGGGAAAAUAGGUACCAAGCGGCUUGCAAAGCGUUUGGGUUCUGUUGCUUUCUUGUUUUUUUGUUUCUUUUUUUUUUCUUUUCCCAACACCAAGAAGCAAGGACAGUUAUUGAACAGGUAUCAUUUAAACAUUCUAUUCUAGACGAAGGCGCCGUUUGACUAUACUGCAUUGUAGAGUGUGCACGGGAGAGAGAA